AUGCUGAACACUGACUACAAUAAGAGUUCUGUGAUCACAUUUAUGCUCUUAGGAUUCACAGAUUAUCCAGAACUCCAGGUACCCCUUUUCCUGGUGUUCUUGGCCAUGUAUGUCAUCACAACUGUGGGAAACUUAGGCAUGAUCUUAAUAAUCAGAAUUAACCCCAAAUUUCAUACCCCCAUGUACUAUUUCCUUAGCCAUUUAUCCUUUGUUGAUUUCUGUUACUCUUCCAUUGUCACACCCAAGUUGUUGGAGAAUUUAGUUAUGGAUGAUAAAAGAAUUUUUUACUCCAGUUGCAUGCUACAAUAUUUCUUGUCUUGUACCGCAGUGGUGACAGAGUCCUUCCUACUGGCUGUGAUGGCCUAUGACCGCUUUGUAGCAAUUUGUAAUCCUCUGCUCUACACAGUCAUCAUGUCUCAGAAGCUUUGUGGCUUCUUGGUGGCUGCAUCCUAUCUCUGGGGCAUGUUUGGGCCCUUUGUACUCCUUUGUUUUGCCCUACAAUUAACCUUCACUGGCUAUAGAAUCAUCAACCACUUUUUCUGUGAAUAUACGGCUCUUAUUUCUGUCUCCUCCUCAGAUAUCCAUAUCCCACAUUUAUUGCUCUUUGGUUUUGCAACAUUCAAUGAGGUGAGUACCCUCAUCAUCAUUCUUGCUUCUUAUGCUUUCAUUUUUGUCACUAUCCUAAAGAUGAAUUCAACAAGUGGAAGACGUAAAGCCUUUUCCACUUGUGCCUCUCACCUGACAGCCAUCACCAUCUUCCAUGGGACCAUCCUUUCUCUGUACUGUGUGCCCAAUUCCAAGAACUCAAGGCACACAGUCAAAGUUGCAUCUGUCUUUUAUACAGUGGUGAACCCCAUGUUGAACCCUCUCAUUUACAGUUUGAGGAACAAAGAUGUAAAGGAGGCCUUCAGGAAACUGAUAUUCAGAAAUACCUUUUCCCAAUGA